AUGGCAGCCCCACCACCACCUCCGCCACCUCCACCGCCUCCAAGUUUAGGUAAUUUGCCUCCUGGUCCUCCACCUUCAAUGCCUCCAGGAAGGGACGCAUUGUUGGGUGAUAUCAGAAAGGGAGCCAAGUUAAAGAAAGCAACUACUGUGGAUAAAUCAAAACCAAUGAUAGAUGCAAAAGUUUCAGUUUCCACAGGCCCACCUCAAUCAUCUGGUAGUACAUCAUCUGGAUCCGUUCCAUCUGCACCUUCAAUUCCUUCUGGUCCUCAGUUGGGAGAUAUUUUUGCUGGAGGUAUGCCAAAGUUGAAACACGUAGACAAUAGAUCAGGAAUUGUACCUUCAUCCGCUCCAAAAAUUCCAGGUAUUAGCACUCCACUGAUACCAUCAAGACCAACAAAAAGUACAGCACCACCACCAAUCCCGUCGGUCGCACCACCAAUUCCAGGUCAAGCUCCGCCACCACCCACAAUUUCAGUGACACCGUCAGUGACCCCCAAGGUACCACCAACAAGACCAAAGAAAUCGUUACAUGUGAGAAAUGCAUCUGUCAAUUCGAUUAGGUCUAAUGCAUCAGCCAAUUCGAGUAGAUCAAAUGAGCUGGUUUCAAAGGCUCCCCCACUACCAUCGGGACCACCUCCUAUUCCAACAAGUGCACCACCAAUUCCAGGUAAUAUCCAACCACCACCAGCGCCACCAGCACCACCAGCGCCACCAGCGCCACCAGCACCAUCUAUUCCCCUCUCUCAUCCACCUAAGAACAAUAAUGCACCUUCAGCUCCACCAAUGCCAGCAGGUGGUUUACCAUUUUUAGCGGAAAUCAAUGCUAAAAGAGAUGAUAAGAAUGUCAUAAGUUCAACAACGGCUUCACAAAGCAAGCACCCUGUUACACAUUCUGCUCCUCAGGUGCCACCACUGUUACCACCUUCUGCAGCACCUCCACUUCCUGGUUCUUUACCGCCUUCAAUUCCAAAACCACCACAGUCUUCGACUUCAAAUAGCAGUAAGAAUAAUGUUAAAUCCUUGAUUCCACCUCCGCCUCCAGCACCACCAUUACCUAACAGUUCAAUUCCACCAGCACCAUCUUUGCCAAGUACCUCAUCAAUUCCAUCUGCACCACCAUUACCUAGUACUUCAGCACCAAAAUUACCCUCUGGUAGUGUACCACCACCGCCUCCUCCUCCUCCUCCUCCUGGACCAGCUCCACCAAUAUUUGGAGCACCAAAACCAGAAACCAAAUCUUCUUUAGCUGGUGGAUCUUCUACAACAGCUGCACCAGUGGCUCCGGGUGGUGCUUUGCCAUUCUUAGCUCAAAUCAAUGCUAAGAGAAAUGACGCAUUUGUUGUUGAUGGAAGUAACAGUGGAUAUACUACAAAGAAUGAAGAAUCUGGAUCAACAACAUCAGCACCGCCAUCAUCAUCUAGCACCAAAAAACCAGUAGUUAGUGCACCACCGGUUCCUUCUAUGCCACUGGCAGAAAAACACAAGAUGUCCUUCAACCCAUUUUCGCAUCACAAUAAAAAACAAGAGGAGUCAAAUAAAGCUCCCCCAUUGCCACAGAAUGCUCCACCGAUACCACAAAAUGCCCCACCAGUACCACAGAAUGCUCCACCAGUGCCUCAUAACGCACCACCCGCUCCUGCUAUACCAUCAAUUCCACCUCAACAGAGCAAACCAUCAAUACCUGCACCAAUUCCAAUAAUUCCUCAACAGCAUAGUAUUCCACAGCACACUGUACCACAAAGAACACCUCUGCCUGAGUCAAUUGAAGAAAGUUUUGAAACACCAUCACCAAGUUUACCUACUAUGGCACCACCACCUUUACCAUCUAGUUCGGCACCAUCAUUACCACGAACUAAAAAGGCAGCACCCCCUCCGCCACCACCACAACCAGCUCCUUCGGGACAUACAAGUGGAAGUGGUUCGACAUCUCGUAUAUCUUCCUCGAAUUAUAGUGAAUUGGAUUCAAAACAAAAUGCCGGUUCUAAUUUACGAAAAAUAUCGGCUCUGGAUUACACAAUCAAUCCAAGAAAUGGAACUGGUAAUACACAUGGAGCAGAUUCAAAGGCCGAGAAGUUGGUUAUUGAGGAUAGAAGGUUUAAAUUUGUAAAUGCAAAUGCAUUGCCAAACCCAAGACGAUUUGGUGAAAAGGGGCAAACACAAAAAUUGUAUCCUAGUGGAAGAGGAUCAUCAGUUCCUCUUGAUUUAAGUCUAUUUUCAUAG